AUGAAUUAAACAAAUAUAGAUUCCAUAGACAAUAAUUAGAACUGUUAAUGCACAGAUAAAUAAUGUGUUGAAUAAUGUUAAUGUAAGACAGGAGGAUAAUGUACUUGCACAAACUGUAAGUGUAGUAAUUGUUAAUGUACAGAUAAAUAAUGUGUUGAAUAAUGUUAAUGUAAAACAGGAGGAUAAUGCAAAUGCACAAACUGUAAGUGUAGUAAUUGUUAAUGUACAGAUAAAUAAUGUGUUGAAUAAUGUUAAUGUAAAACAGGAGGAUAAUGCAAAUGCACAAACUGUAAGUGUAGUAAUUGUUAAUGUACAGAUAAAUAAUGUGUUGAAUAAUGUUAAUGUAAAACAGGAGGAUAAUGCAAAUGCACAAACUGUAAGUGUAGUAAUUGUUAAUGUACAGAUAAAUAAUGUGUUGAAUAAUGUUAAUGUAAAACAGGAGGAUAAUGCAAAUGCACAAACUGUAAGUGUAGUAAUUGUUAAUGUACAGAUAAAUAAUGUGUUGAAUAAUGUUAAUGUAAAACAGGAGGAUAAUGCAAAUGCACAAACUGUAAGUGUAGUAAUUGUUAAUGUACAGAUAAAUAAUGUGUUGAAUAAUGUUAAUGUAAAACAGGAGGAUAAUGCAAAUGCACAAACUGUAAGUGUAGUAAUUGUUAAUGUACAGAUAAAUAAUGUGUUGAAUAAUGUUAAUGUAAAACAGGAGGAUAAUGCAAAUGCACAAACUGUAAGUGUAGUAAUUGUUAAUGUACAGAUAAAUAAUGUGUUGAAUAAUGUUAAUGUAAAACAGGAGGAUAAUGCAAAUGCACAAACUGUAAGUGUAGUAAUUGUUAAUGUACAGAUAAAUAAUGUGUUGAAUAAUGUUAAUGUAAAACAGGAGGAUAAUGCAAAUGCACAAACUGUAAGUGUAGUAAUUGUUAAUGUACAGAUAAAUAAUGUGUUGAAUAAUGUUAAUGUAAAACAGGAGGAUAAUGCAAAUGCACAAACUGUAAGUGUAGUAAUUGUUAAUGUACAGAUAAAUAAUGUGUUGAAUAAUGUUAAUGUAAAACAGGAGGAUAAUGCAAAUGCACAAACUGUAAGUGUAGUAAUUGUUAAUGUACAGAUAAAUAAUGUGUUGAAUAAUGUUAAUGUAAAACAGGAGGAUAAUGCAAAUGCACAAACUGUAAGUGUAGUAAUUGUUAAUGUACAGAUAAAUAAUGUGUUGAAUAAUGUUAAUGUAAAACAGGAGGAUAAUGCAAAUGCACAAACUGUAAGUGUAGUAAUUGUUAAUGUACAGAUAAAUAAUGUGUUGAAUAAUGUUAAUGUAAAACAGGAGGAUAAUGCAAAUGCACAAACUGUAAGUGUAGUAAUUGUUAAUGUACAGAUAAAUAAUGUGUUGAAUAAUGUUAAUGUAAAACAGGAGGAUAAUGCAAAUGCACAAACUGUAAGUGUAGUAAUUGUUAAUGUACAGAUAAAUAAUGUGUUGAAUAAUGUUAAUGUAAAACAGGAGGAUAAUGCAAAUGCACAAACUGUAAGUGUAGUAAUUGUUAAUGUACAGAUAAAUAAUGUGUUGAAUAAUGUUAAUGUAAAACAGGAGGAUAAUGCAAAUGCACAAACUGUAAGUGUAGUAAUUGUUAAUGUACAGAUAAAUAAUGUGUUGAAUAAUGUUAAUGUAAAACAGGAGGAUAAUGCAAAUGCACAAACUGUAAGUGUAGUAAUUGUUAAUGUACAGAUAAAUAAUGUGUUGAAUAAUGUUAAUGUAAAACAGGAGGAUAAUGCAAAUGCACAAACUGUAAGUGUAGUAAUUGUUAAUGUACAGAUAAAUAAUGUGUUGAAUAAUGUUAAUGUAAAACAGGAGGAUAAUGCAAAUGCACAAACUGUAAGUGUAGUAAUUGUUAAUGUACAGAUAAAUAAUGUGUUGAAUAAUGUUAAUGUAAAACAGGAGGGUAAUGCAAAUGCACAAACUGUAAGUGUAGUAAUUGUUAAUGUACAGAUAAAUAAUGUGUUGAAUAAUGUUAAUGUAAAACAGGAGGAUAAUGCAAAUGCACAAACUGUAAGUGCUAAUUGAAACAAAAAAUUGAAGAAAAAUGAAUUCAUA